GAUGCCUGCAAGAAUGGCCAUACAACCUUGUCUAAUGGGACAGUGAAGCUCAUUUCACUCAAUAUGGCCUCUGAACUACGCAGACAGGUUAUCAAUGUAUACAAGGAGCUCUUGGAAAUGGGCAGACAUUAUCCCCUGGGCUAUGAUUAUUUUCGUACAAGGCUUCAUAAAGCAUUCAUGUCCAAGGCAGAUUUGACAGACAAGGACCAAAUACGCCAGGGGAUCAAGCGAGCCGAGUUCGUCAAAAAAGAAAUCGAGGCGUUGUACUUUUUGAAAAAGUACAGGUCAAUGAAACAUCGAUAUCCAUGAGUUAUCAUGCCAGUUAGCGGGGGAAACAGAGACUGAAGCUAGCCUGAGGAAUGCUGGUUGGAAGACGCCCUCAAACCUCAAGUGGACUAGAUUCAUCACAGCAAGACCGUACAGACAGAUCGUACUACAUUGUCAUGACACGGCACGGACUAGCAGUGUUAUUUACUGCCUGGUGGUUUGGAGAUGAUGUCUGCGGUAUGCUUGGGCUCUCGUCGACUAGAUCGAUCAGUCAAGCAGAUUUUGCGCAAGGGCCACUUUGUCAAGCUGGCAUAUUGACGGGCUCAUGGUGUUUCGAGGGCGUUUUGGGUGAUUUGACUGCGAUGAUCUCGACGACCUCGCUAAUCUCGAGUUUCGAGAUGACCUGUUGACUGAUGGACUGAGGAAGACUCGAUGGCAUUCGGUGAAAGGCGGGAUACCAGAGACUGAAUGAUGGCGGUGAGCUGUGUCGAAUAUAUAGAAUGGUCCAGGUGAUGGAUACGAAAUAGGCAGAAAGUGAAUGCCUAGGUAGUAGCACCAUAUGGUAUCCUAUACCGACCGUGAUUGAGUACCUAGAUUGAAUUGACUGGUGUUGUUACAGUA